AUGAAAACAGUGUGUUCAUUACUGAAAGAGAUAGUUUUAGUGAAGAAGAGCAUCUAUAUUAACACAGUGAGUAUGAUUAAGUUGAAUUUUAGCUAUCCAAUCACAGUUAAGCUGAGGUUGACAUCAAAUCCUAUUAUAUUUACAAAAAAAGUCCUUUAAUAAAAAAGAAAAAGUAAGGCCGAUACAAGAAUGUGCCUUAUACAUUUGGUCUACAUUUUAGAUAUUGGAUUGAAACAGAAGUAGGAUCCAUUAAAUGUCCAGUGGUUUAAAAAUUCAUUUCUAAAAGUAAAUCCAAUCCUAUGUAUCAUGAUGGUUUUAAAGAUUUUAAUGAUCUAUUCUAAAACUCAUGUAUAGGUAGAUAGCUAGAUUAAAUUUUCUUUGGAUAAAAAGAAAUGGGUUUAAUAUCUAUGAAAUAAUGA